AUCAGUUGUUUGGCGAUCGCCAAGAGCCGCGGAUCGAGUCAAAUACGGCGUACAUAUCGGAACUGAGAUUACUGGAUGGCGAUGUGGUUUCUAGGUGCUUUGGUGGCCACCGUUGUGCUCCUAACGGGCAGCGUGCAAGCCACAGAUCUACCCUAUGAAACACUGAGGGAGCAAAUCAUGGAAGCGGAGCGCGUGGCCUCGCUGGGUGGCAACAUCUGGCUGUCGUCCGACGAGGAGAAGGCCAACAGCAUCCUGAUGAACGCCAAGCGGGCAGAGAUCGCCGAAGGACUCAAGACGCCGGAGAAGUACGCGCCCGCGAUGCACUUCUUCCAGGGCAGGCAGUACGUCCGGCAGAGCGAGGUAUUCCGCAUGAUCCAGAAGAUUCCGAAGGGUGCCUUUCUGCACGGUCACAAUACGGGUAUGGUGACUUCACGCUGGAUCAUACAGAAUCUGACCACCACCAAUAAUCUGUACACCUGUCGCAAUGUGGAUGGACUGCUAGUGUUCACCUACGAUCAGUCCGGAUGCCAUAGCGAAGUGCAGAAUGUGUGCACUGAGAGGAUAAAUGCCGAGGAUCGGGGAAAGUACGAGCGCCAGCUGGAGAAGCACAUCAAUAUGCACGGACCAAGGCCGGAAGCUCUAUUGCCAAAUCGUAAGAAGAUUUGGGAGCGCUUUGAGAACAUAUUUACCACCGUGGAUCGGCUGUAUAAAUACCGACCCACCUAUUGUGCCUAUCACAAGCGAAUGUUGGAGGAACUUUGCGAGGAUAACAUUAUCUAUGCCGAGAUACGAGCCUCCCUCUCGCCGCUGUACGACGACAACAAUCGAACUCUGAGCACCUUGGAGGUGGCCAACGAGCUGGAACGGAUUGUGGAGGAAUUCAAGGCCAAGCACCAUGACUUCAUCGGUGUUAAGGUGAUAUAUGCCAAGCGGAAUCGCGCAUCCGAGGAGGAGAUGUUGCGCCGAAUCACCACUUUUAAGCAGCUGCACCAUGCCAAACCGAACUUUGUGAUUGGUUUCGAUCUGAUUGGUCAGGAGGACACUGGAGAACCGCUGAACAGGUAUAUCAACCAACUGUCCGAUCUUCCUAGCACGGCAAACUACUUCUUCCACGCCGGCGAGACGAAUUGGAAUGGCCGAACGGACUGGAACAUGAUGGACGCCAUUCUGCUGAAUACGAAGCGGAUUGGCCAUGCCUUCGCCCUGCCCAAGCAUCCACAAUUGUGGUCCACCAUCAAGAAGCGUAACAUCGCCAUCGAGGUGAAUCCCAUUUCCAACCAGGUCUUGGGCUUCGUCUGGGAUCUGCGAAAUCAUCCGGCCAGCUUCCUGAUAGCCGAGAACUUUCCCAUCGUUAUAUCAUCCGAUGAUCCGGGUGUUUGGGGAGCCAAGGGUCUCAGCUACGAUUUCUACUACGCCUUCAUGGCCUUGGCUCCGGCGGAUGCGGAUCUGCGCUUUCUCAAGCAGCUGGCCUUGAACUCCAUCAAGUACGCCGUUCUCACCUCGGACGAGAGGCGGAAAAUCAAUCGGGUAUUCCAGCGCAAGUGGCAGGAGUUUAUUGCGAAUGUCUUGAAUCCAAAAUUCUAAGUUCUAAGAUUAAAUGCUAGUCUAAAUCU